AUGGUAAAAAUGAGAUUCAACAGACAGAGCUGCCGCCAACACGGGUUAUUAGCACAAGUGAGAUUCUUCGCACACGCAAAAUUCGAGAAAAACACGAAAUUCGGUGAAGAGUUACUUAAGUACCACCACGAGCAGUACGUGGAUAAGGCCCACACGAGACCAGACUUAUAUUUAAAGGGCAACGAAAAUAAGCAUGCCCAUGAUAACAGGUUAAGGAGGAACAUCCCCUUCGUUUACAGUAAUGAAGUAAAAAAUAUAUCAGAACUGAAAGGUAAUCCACUUACCCUUGUUAACGUGAAGAACGAAAAUGAUGAAUCCUUUGGGGUGGCUACAUUCAAUCCUUAUGCGCUAAUUACGGCCAGGAUAAUAAGUACCAAUGCGCUUUUUUCCGUUAACGUGAAUUUUUUUGUGGAACGGAUGAAGAAAGCUUUGGCGUGGCGUUCAAAAUUGGUUGAGGGGGGCAAGCGUGCCAACUGGUGGGGAGGCCUCAGCACGGGUGAACAACACAAAACGGGUGAACAACAUAAAACGGGUGAAGUAGCCACAGGGGGGAUUUCCCCCAUGGAUGCGCUUCCCCAAAGUCAAAGUGGUACCCCCCACGAAGUGCCCCUCCUUCCCAACGAAACGUCCUACAGACUGAUCAAUGGAGAGGGAGACAACAUCCCUGGACUCAUCAUCGACCGAUACCAUGAUUACGUCUCCAUUCAACACUUAACCCUCGGAAUGGAAUUACUAGCUGCAACCAUUAACGAAGCUGUCAUGGAAGUGUUAAAUCCGAAGGCUAUUCUAUUUAGGAAUGACAAUAAAGAAAGGUUAAAUGAGAGGUUACAUAUUUACAAAAAAAUUGUUUACGGAAAAUUACCCGAACAAGUCAUGUUAAAAGAGAAUGAUUGCUUUUUUUUUAUUGAUAUGUUGAACUCACCAAACACAGGAUGGUUUCACAACAGAAGACACUUAAGACAACUUAUAUCCGACUAUGCAUAUGGUAAAAAAGUUCUGGACCUGUUUUCCUAUGUAGGAUGCUUUGGCAUUCAGUGCGCAAAAAAAGGAAAAGCUAAAAAAGUGCUGUGUGUAGAAAAGGAUGGCAAAUUUACCCAGCUAGCUAAAGAAUCAGCUUACCUGAACAAUCUCACAAAUAAAGACAUUGAAUUUGUUUGCUCCGAUGCAAUCACCUUUUUACAAAACUGCAAAGAACUCUUCGAUAUUGUUAUUUUGGAUCCACCCAAUUUAAUUCCCAAGUCGAAGUUUAUCUCAUCAGGGGGUGAAAGAUACGUCCAGCUUAUCAGCUUAGCAAAAAAUUGUGUCUCCUCUAACGGUUUAAUGGUAAUAAUUUUUUCCACCAAAUUAUGUUCCUAUCAAGACCACAUAAACAUCAUUAAUGAGUCUUUUGUAGAUUCGAAUAGAUCUGUUAAGAUUGUUGGCCAAGGCCGUGGGUCUCCUGACCACCCAGCUAAUUUGUCCCUCUACCAAUUCGCGGACUUCUACUGGUUCCUCCUCCAGCUGAGCCCCUGA